CUCUUUCUCAAUUAUCAGUGAAAUCGGAGAGAAUUUCAAUUGCAUAUUCUUCGCAUCUCCCUCUACUUUCUUCAGCAUUUCAAAUUCUUGUUUCCUUUUUCAAUUUCUAAAUUCCAUUUCUGCUGUAUUGUUUAAUAAAACUCCGGUGGCGGGAGAGUGCGACCGCUCUUCGGAUCCGAUCGGAAAUUUUCCCCGGCGGCGGCAACGCCAUUUUUGUCAGAAAAUGCAAUAUUCACUGUAACAAUUAGGUUGAAUUUUGGCAAGUGUAUGUGUGUAUUGUGAUAUAGUAAUAAAAGGAGUUAGGUGAACUGAUGAAAAACGGGAUGAUAGAGUGCAGUGUUUGCCAUUCCAAAUUGGUAUCGCCCAGUGCUAAAACUGUUUCGAGAGCUUAUGAUCGACAUAAGAGUAGAAUUUCAUCCAAGCAACGUGCUCUUAAUGUGCUUUUGGUUGUUGGCGACUGCAUCCUUGUCGGUUUGCAGCCUAUUUUGGUUUAUAUGUCCAAGGUAGAUGGGAAAUUCAAAUUUAGCCCAGUUAGUGUUAACUUCUUGACAGAGGCUGCAAAGGUUAUAUUUGCACUUGUUAUGCUUUUGAUCCAGUCAAGACGUCAGAAAGUUGGAGAGAAGCCUCUUCUCUCAAUUUCUAUAUUUGUACAGGCAGCUCGUAACAAUGUUCUUCUGGCGGUUCCGGCUUUUCUUUAUGCUAUCAACAACUAUCUAAAGUUCACCAUGCAGCUGUAUUUCAAUCCUGCAACCGUGAAAAUGCUAAGCAAUUUGAAGGUAUUGGUGAUUGCUGUUUUGCUAAAGAUGAUCAUGAAGCGCCGAUUUUCUGUACUUCAGUGGGAAGCUCUAGCUUUAUUGCUCAUCGGCAUUAGUGUGAAUCAGCUUCGUUCUUCAUCUGAAGGUACUACUUCAACAGAUCUUCCGCUUGCAACGAUUGCAUACGUUUAUACAUUAAUCUUCGUAACUGUCCCAUCUUUGGCUUCAGUCUACAAUGAGUAUGCUCUGAAGAGCCAGUAUGAGACAAGCAUAUAUCUUCAGAACUUAUUUUUGUACGGGUAUGGCGCUAUCUUCAAUUUUCUAGGGAUUCUGGCAACUGUAAUUAUCAAAGGUCCCAAUAGCUUUGACAUCCUGCAAGGUCAUUCCAGAGCUACAAUGCUUCUAAUAUGCAACAAUGCUGCCCAAGGGAUAUUGUCCUCCUUUUUCUUCAAAUACGCAGAUACAAUCCUGAAGAAGUACUCUUCAACAGUUGCCACAAUCUUCACAGGAUUUGCAUCUGCUGCUCUGUUCGGUCAUACUUUGACAAUGAAUUUUAUGUUGGGAAUUUCCAUUGUGUUCAUCUCAAUGCACCAGUUCUUUUCAGCCCUUUCGAAAACCAAAGAUGAACAGCAGAACGGGACAGUGGAAAUAGUGGAUGUUCAGGAUGACCACAGGACAAAAGAUGCAUUCAUAAAUAUCGCUGCUGGAGCGAAUGAAGAGACUAGUCAUCGUGUAGGGCCUGAUGAAAGACAGCCGCUACUUCCAACCUAGUGCUUAUUGGAGUAUCUUACUUUGACAAGGAAUUUUUUAGGAAGGAAUUCUUUUGGCAGGACUUAUUGGACCAUAGAGGAAAUAAGUCGGUUGUCAGAAUCACAAAAUAAAAAAACAAAUUCGAUGUUUGCACAUUUUAGAUCCAUUUCCUGCUUUUUCGGUUCUUCCUUGGUGGUACUCCAAGCUUUACUUCACACAGAUACCUACAUCAUCUCGGAUUUUUCGCUUCUAGCGACUUAGAUGAAGAUCAGAAAAUCCCUGGCUGCCUGCCAUUCAGCUUAAGAGUAUCCUAUUACUAGAACUUGUAUUCUCUAUCCUUAGAACAGUUGAGUUUUUUUUUUCUUUCUUUUUUUAUCUUUUCAGCUAUAUGUUUUUUUGUUAGUUCUAUAGGAUUAGAACACAGAUUAUGAUGCGAGACUACAGAAAAGAAACGAACAAGUAUUAAAGAAACAAUGUGAGAGAAAUGCUCCUUUUUAUUCAUACUGAAAAAUUACAAUGGUAUUUAAAUGUAUUCAUUAUACAUUUACAAUA